CUGUUCCUUCUUUCUAUGCCAGACACCCACCCACAGGCAGAUUAUGGGUAUGUACGUCACCCAAACCAUGCCUUUUCCCAGCCAAUCUCAUUCGUUGGCCUGUUCCACUCUCAACCUUCACCUACCAUCAAACUCAGGAGGGGCACCUUCAACGAGAGCACAGCAUGUCUCUUCGCCGCUUCCAGAAAUGCCACUACAUCAACAAACCUGAGAGAUGUGCUUUUGGAUCUCGUCCCUAAAGAACAGAGUAGGAUUAAAAAUUUCAAAACGCAGUAUGGCAAAACCAACAUCGGCUCAAUCACUGUGGAUAUGAUCUACGGUGGGAUGAGAGGUAUGAAGGGCCUGGUGUAUGAGACCUCAGUGCUGGAUGCAGAUGAGGGAAUUCGUUUCCGUGGUUACAGCAUUCCAGAGUGUCAGCAGCUGUUGCCCAAGGCUCCAGGAGGUGCCGAGCCACUGCCCGAAGGUCUGUUCUGGCUGCUGGUGACAGGCCAGGUGCCCACAGAGGAACAGGUGAACUGGCUGUCCAAGGAGUGGGCCAAGCGUGCAGCUCUUCCCUCCCACGUGGUCACCAUGCUGGAUAACUUCCCUACCAACCUCCACCCCAUGUCUCAGUUCAGCUCCGCCAUCACAGCUCUGAACAGUGAGAGUAGCUUCGCCCGAGCCUACUCCGAGGGAGUCAACAAGGCCACGUACUGGGAGUUUGUCUAUGAAGACUCCAUGGAUCUGAUCGCUAAACUGCCAUGCGUUGCAGCCAAGAUUUACCGCAACCUUUACCGUGAGGGCAGCAGCAUCGGCGCCAUCGACUCCAGUCUGGACUGGUCCCACAACUUCACCAACAUGCUGGGCUACAGCGAUGCCACGUUCACUGAGCUCAUGCGACUGUACCUCACCAUUCACAGUGACCAUGAGGGUGGUAAUGUGAGUGCCCACACCAGCCACUUAGUGGGCAGUGCCCUGUCUGACCCCUACCUGUCCUUCAGCGCAGCUAUGAACGGCUUGGCCGGACCUCUUCAUGGACUGGCUAACCAGGAGGUGCUGGUAUGGCUGACGGCCCUGCAGAAGGAGAUGGGAGGAGAGGUGUCUGACGAGGCCAUGAGAGACUACAUCUGGAACACCCUCAAGUCUGGAAGGGUGGUUCCAGGUUACGGCCAUGCCGUCCUGAGGAGGACAGACCCCAGGUACACCUGCCAGCAGGAGUUUGCCUUCAAGCACCUGCCCGAUGACCCCAUGUUCAAACUGGUGCACCAACUCUACAAGAUCGUGCCCAACGUGCUGCUGGAGCAGGGCAAGGCCAAGAACCCCUGGCCCAAUGUGGACGCCCACAGUGGAGUGCUGCUGCAGUACUAUGGGAUGACAGAGAUGAACUACUACACGGUGCUGUUCGGCGUGUCCCGAGCACUGGGGGUGCUGGCCCAGCUGAUUUGGAGCCGAGCCCUGGGCUUCCCCCUGGAGCGCCCCAAGUCCAUGAGCACGGACGGACUCAUGAACCUGGUGGGGGCCAACAAAUCCGGGUAAAGAUGGAGUAGGAUGAGGACAAAUAAUAACAAAAGGGGGACGGAUUAGGAUGCUAAAUAUAUAGUACACUUAUGAAAACAUUAAAGGGCCUUUGCUGGAUUUAGCCGGUUCAAGUCAGUGACACCAAGGUUAUUUUUUUCCUUUCGUUGAGCCAUGGUAGUUGUCUUGAGAUAUUGAAGAUGACUUGGUUUUGUAAAUAAAUCAUGUCCAUUUUUUUGUUCUAAAAUGUGGGGCACUCGCAUUGUCUGACGGAAUUAUCCAAAAAACCAAAACAAAAGACAACACUCCAUGGCAAGCAAGGUCCUUCUGUAAUGUAACCACUCUAAUCUGGCCUAGCAGGUUAGAAUAUGUACAGUAUGCAAAUGACCAGGGUCGGUAGAUUAGUAAUAGGGUACUGCAGCCCCUUUCAUCACUGACUGACGACACCGCUAUCAAUUAAGGCAGUAUUCACCAACCCCAUGGCACCUCUGGCAAUCAGAAUACUCUGCAGGUUGUACAGUGCUUCACAAAUGGCGCUAUUUGUUCUCUUGGGAAGGGAGGUUGUUUUGAAAAGUGAUAGACAGGGUAAGACAGCACUGUUUCCCAAGCUGAAAGGACUUUGACUUUUUAAAUAUUUUCUAUCAGAUUCGGGGAGUGUGAAUUCAUCUUUUAGACUUUCUUCAAGACCUGAGGGCAACCUUAAAAUGUCAAUUGAACUCAAUAAAUGUUCUUAUCAGCAAAAUGAAUGUAAUUGAAGAGAUGGCUAGCAUUGACUAAUGGCACACUUGACCUUUAGAAUGUUUUGUAAAUGUUUGCUGGUUUUACUAUGUCCAUCUGAAACACCAUAUGAAAUAAUCUAAUGGUUGUGUUAAACUGGGUUGUUAAGAUACAUAUUUGCUUGGUUUAGUUUUAAGGUUGCCCUCCGGUCUAGUGGUGGGGGGCCUUAUGUGUUUGUAAUAGUCUGUUUCAAUGCAGACCUUAUCCAAUACACUCCAAUUGGGCACAGAGGGCCCAACACCACCCCCUGGGUAUUAAUUUAAUUUGUUUUCAACAGCCCCCUACACUAUCUUUUCCCAGCUGAUUCCUUCCCACAUAGUAUACAUGUAUUUUAGGUUUUACAAGUUAGUUCUGAUCCUGUUUUAAUCAAACCUCAGGUUAUUCUGGUUUAACGAGAAAUACAUCUGAUGUGAGAUCAUUGUAAAAUGAAGGAGGAAUUUGAACUUUAAUGUCGCAGAGUGGGAUUGUACAGUGGAUGUGGGAGAGAAAAUGGAAAACAAAACAAAGUCCAAUAAAUGUUAUUAGCAAUUA